AUGGUAUUGGAAACUGAAUAUUACGAUUUAUUAGGAAUAUCGACAACUGCUACAGAUAUCGAAAUUAAGAAAGCUUAUCGUAAGAAAUCCAUUAAAGAACACCCAGAUAAGAAUCCUAAUGACCCGUCUGCCACUGAAAGAUUUCAAGCUAUUUCAGAAGCUUAUCAAGUAUUAAGUGAUAAACAAUUAAGAUCCAAUUACGAUAAGUAUGGUAAAGAAAAAGCUAUACCUAGUGGUGGUUUUGAAGAUGCUGCUGAACAAUUUUCAGUGAUAUUUGGUGGUGAUGCUUUUAAACCUUAUAUUGGUGAGCUGACAUUAUUGAAGAAUUUACAAAAAACUGAAGAACUAAGUGCUCAAGAUGAAGAAGAUAAGAAAAGAGAAGAAGAAGAAGAACGAAAAAAAAAUGAAUUGGAGAAAGAAAAGAAUGACAUGUCAGGGAAACAUAUUGACAAUAAGAAUUCCGAUCAAAGUAAUGAUACAAAUAAUGAAACUCAUGGUCCAAUAAAAUUGGCUUCCCUUGCUGGCUCUACGGCUCCACUGAAGAAUGAUAUAAGUGAAAGUGCUAAUAAUAAUGUUUCUGAAAGUGACAGGAAAGAAGAGAAAAAGAAAAAGACUAGAAUUGAACAAUUUGAAGAAGAACAACAGAUUGAAAAAGAUAAAAGCAUUGAAAAAUUAAGUCAAACUUUAAUAGAGAAUUUAUCAAUAUUGACUGAAAGUAUUUAUGAUGAUGAUUGCAAGAAAUCAUUUGAAAAAAAAUUUGAAGAAGAAGCAAAUUUAUUGAAGAUGGAAUCCUUUGGGUUAGAUAUUUUGCACACAAUAGGUGAUGUGUACGUCGAAAAGGCAAGGAUAUUCCUAGGUUCCCAAAAUUUAUUUGGUUUUGGCGGUAUGUUACAUUCAAUAAAGGCUAAAGGUAAUGUCGUUAUGGACACUCUGAGAACUGUAUCAGCAGCUAUUGAUGCACAAAAUACAAUGAAAGAACUGGAAAAAAUGAAAAUCGCAACAGAAUCAGAUGAACCAAUAGUUGAUAAAAAUGGCAAUGAAGAGGUGAAACCAACACAAGAAGAAAUGGCACAACAAGAGCAUUUGCUUAUGGGUAAAGUUUUGUCAGCAGCGUGGUAUGGUUCAAAAUUUGAAAUAAUGUCCACAUUGAGAAGUGUUUGCGACAGAGUAUUUGAAGAUAAAACCGUAGAUAAUAAUACGUUAAUUAGAAGAGCUGAAUCAUUAAAAAUCAUUGGUAAAGUUUUUCAACGAACUGUCAGAACUAAAGUUGAACAAGAAGAAGCUCAAAUUUUUGAAGAGUUGGUGGCAGAAGCUAGUAAGAAAAAAAGUAAAUCACAAUAG